AUACGCUAUCAAUAAUAUAACAGAUAACUACUAUUUAUUUUACAAUUAACUGGGACAAUGAUUAUUUUAUGGAACUAAAUGUAGUUUCAGUUCAAUGAUCCAUGUUUAACUUAUCAAGUCAUAAACUGCGUCAGUCUGCUGCGUAUAACUGAAAUGUGUAGAAAUGUUAAAGUAUAUAGUAUUAGUGGAAUCAGCUAUAUACGUAAUCAGAAGCAUUGACAGUACUACAUUUUCGAACGAUGCUGUCAUACCAAGUGCAAAAAACUUAGAAUUAAUCAACAAUCGAAUAUAAUCUGUCAGCGUCGACGGUUUUCUGAGUCGGAUCAAGUGUGUCGUAACGGCGUAUUAUCGUAACAUAAACUUGAAUCGUUCAUCGAUAGAAAUGAUGACAAUAAACAAGGACGUUUCGUUUGAAUAAAUUAUAGCGGUCAAAGUUAUUUCUCACGCAUUAUUUUUAUUUAUUCGCUACACAACUCUAGUUUAUUUACAUGGUAUUUUAUACUGUUUUUUAUCAAUAAUCAAAGAUGGUUUUCGAAUCGAUCGUUGCUGAACUUUUAAACAAAGUGUUGGGCGAGUAUAUUCAAAAUUUGGAUUACACGCAAUUAAAACUCAGUUUAUGGGGAGGAGAUGUAGUCUUAACAGAUUUAUUGAUAAAUGAAAGUGCAUUAGAUGUUCUGGAUUUACCUGUCAGACUAGAAUAUGGAAGAUUAGGAAAACUUAUAUUGAAAAUACCUUUCAAAGAUAUGUGGAAUGGCCAGAUUGAUGCAAUAGUUGAAGAAUUAUUUGUAUUAGUAGUACCAACAAGUCAAAUUGUAUAUGAUGCAGAAAAAGAAGCAAAAGUACAGCUUGAAGCUAAACGUGCUGAGCUUGCAAGAGUUGAGAAGAAAAAACAGUUAGCAGAUACAAAAUCACAAGAAAAGUUAGAUGAUUCAAUGGUUGAAAAGCUUAUUGCCCGCAUGAUAAAGAAUAUUCAUGUAGAAAUAAAAAAGAUUCAUGUAAGAUACGAGGAUCAUGUUUCAUUUAAAGGUCACCCAUUUUCUGUUGGGUUUACGCUUAAUACAUUUAUCCUAGAGAGUUGUACAGACACUUGGGAUGUAAAUGGUAAUUUAAAAGACAUGUAUGCUAUUCCACAAAUUUACAAGUUAUGCACACUGGAUGGUUUAGCUGUAUAUCUUAAUCCAACUGCAGAACAGUUCAGUAGUAAUUCUCAGCCAAACUAUUCAGAUCUAUUUUACAGUGGUAUCGCAACUAUAGAUUACAAUCCACCUGGUUAUCAAUAUUUGUUGGGUCCAAUAAACGUCAAUGCAAAAUUAACAUUAAAUCCAAAGCCAGAAACAGAUGGAAGUAAUUAUACUAUUCCUAAGGUGUGGUUGGAUCUGGAAAUGCAAAAAUUAAGAGUUGGAUUAGCCAAAAAGCAAUAUCGAACCCUUGUUCAGUUAGGCGAAGGAUUAGAUCAAGCACAAAAAGCUGCACCAUACAGAAAGUAUAGACCAAAUUUGACAUCAUAUACAGGACACUGUAAAGAAUGGUGGCAUUUUGCAUACACUUGUGUCUUAGAAGAAACGGUACGUCGAAAUCGUAGGAAUUGGGAUUGGAAUCACAUGAAAGAGCAUAGAGAUGUGUGUCGUUCUUAUGCCGAUACAUAUAGGACAAAAUUAACAACUAAGAAAGUUUCACAAGAAAUAGAAGAUCUUCUUACAAAUUGUGAAAUAAAAUUGGAUAUUUUCAAUUUAGUUAUCAUCAGGCAACAAAUUGAAAUGGAAGUUGAAAAAUUAGCAGAAAGAGAAAAAACUUUGAAAGCACAACGUGGUUGGUUUGGAUUCCUCUGGUCUAGUUCUCAAGCAGAAGAAACUGAAGAAUUGAACUCUGCAGCUGCAAUCAUGCGUAAAUUCGAACAGGCAAUGACGCCACAAGAAAAAGAAAAAUUGUAUAGAGCAAUUGAUUAUCAAGAAAACAGCGCACCGGCUCAUUACCCUGAAACAUAUGUCAUGAUUGAUACAAGAUUUCUUUUACUGGAACUUCAAGUUGUAAUUUUUGAUACGGAUAAAGAACAUCCAUGUAUUUUGGAUCUUCAACUUCAUAGCGUUGAAGCUUGCUUCAAGUCAAGACCAUCAGCUAAUGCUAUUUUAGUUACAGCAUCCAUCAAUGAGAUGAAACUUCUAGGAACAAAACAAGGUGAACACGUUCCUUCACUUUUUAAUUCACAGCAACAUAAUACAGACGAUGUUUUAUUAUCAGUAUCAUAUGAAAAAAAUCCUCUUGAUAAAUUAUGUGGCGAUCGUGUUAUAGUAAGAUCAACAUCUGUGGAUAUUGUUUAUGAUGCACAGACUGUAAUAGAACUAGUUAAUUUAUUCAAAGUACAAAAUUCCUCGUCUUUGAAUCAACUUCAAGCAGCUGCAGCAGAACAGUUAGAAGGUUUGAAAGAAAUGUCGGCUCUAGGUUUAGAACAUGCGAUACAAAAGCACGCGGUAUUAGAUAUACAGGUCAAUAUGCAAGCAUCUCAGCUGAUUAUACCACACGAUGGAUUCUAUAAUAGCACAAAAUCAUUAUUCGUGGUUAAUCUUGGUAGUUUACAAAUGAAUUCUCUGGUAAAGACAAAAGAAGACGAAACAUCUGUUAAACAAUUGAUUAGUAUGGGUAAAAGCGAAGAAGAUGUAUUAUUACAUCUCAGGGAGCACAGUUAUGACAAAUUUGUUUUAAAAAUAGUUGAUUUUCAAGUAUUAGUUACACUACCGGGCGAGGAAUGGCGUAAAAUUUCACCAACUCUAGAUGAUAUGACAUUAUUACAUCCAACAACGCUUGAAAUUCAAUUUCACAAAUGCUUAGUAACAGAUGAUCCUUUGCUUCCAAAAAUUAGACUUAUUGGUCAAUUACCAUCAGUCUUUGUCAAUAUAACAGAUACACGUUUAUUACAAGCUCUUUCUAUUGCGCAAAGCAUACCGUUUCCAAAAGAGGAACAGCCUGUAGAACUUCAUAAGUCAUCACUUACCAAAUCUCUUUCACAAUUGUCAUUGUUAAAAGAAUUAACGACAAUUUCUGAAAAGAAGAAAGAUGAAUCCAGUGUAACCCCAGUGAAGCAAACAACAGAUUUAGAGAUAAGAUUUGAAAUGAAAGAAUUCGCAGUACGAGUUUCAUCCCAAACAGAUAGUACGAUAAUACCGUUUAUUAAAUUUCAAGUAUUGCAAUUAGAGGCAGAAAUGCUACAACGAACUUACGACCAGGAAAUAUUAUUAAGAUUAGGUGGUGUUCAGGUAAAGCAGCACUAUAAUGAAAUGGAAAUAUUUAUGGUAAAUACUCCCAUGUCAUCGGGCAAAGACGAAUAUUUAAUAACAGUGCAAUAUAUAAAUGUAAAUAAAAGAUCUCCUGAAUUUACAACGAGACACGGAUCUGUUAUUCAAUUACUAAAACUAGAAUUUACAACACUGGAUACUUUGCUACAUCAGGAGGCUCUUAUAAAUCUACUUAAGUUUAUAUCACAUAUUCAGAAUCAAAUGAAUGCUAUAGUACAGAGUAAAAUUAAAACUGAGUAUCCUGUGCGUCCACGACCAAGUCACUUGGCUUCUAUUCAAGAGGAAACAUCUGCAUUCUUUAGGGAUCAAAUUCAAAAACAAAAACACAGAACGACACGUCGAAAAAGAACGGUGGUUGAACAUAUAGAUUUAAAAAUUCAAGCAAAAGUGGGAACCAUUUGUAUGAAAAUAGUUAGCGAAUGUAGAGAAAUUACUGCAUUUUAUAUCGGUGGUAUCACCGCCGGGUUUAUGACAAAGGCUUCUUAUUCUCAAGCGAAUGUUAAUUUAUCUUCUAUUAGUAUUAUAGAUCUUAAUGCUGCAUCAGCUUAUAAAGACAUUGUGUCGGUGACAGAAGAUACCGAAUCUUUACAAAUCCAAGCCAUAAUGUAUAAUAUUGAACCAUCUGACGUUAAUAAAAAUAACAUGUCCAUCACAGUUGUUAUGGGUUGCUAUCGUAUUGUAUUUCUGAACAUGUUUGUUACUAGUAUAAUGAGUUUCUUGAAUAACUUCCAAGCAGCUCAAGAAGCUAUAAAAGAGGCAUCAGCAGCUGCUGCAGAGGCUGCAAAGACGAAUAUUAAAGACGUACAAGAAAGUGCUGCACGUAUCGGGCUUGCGGUAAAAAUUAAGGCUCCUGUUAUAUACGUACCAAUGCAUUCAAAAAGUGAUCACUGUUUAACAUUGGAUAUGGGUAAUCUUACUGUGUGUAACGUUUUUAAGAAAUUAGAAGUUACUAAUGAAGCUGGAGAUUGUCCUAUUGUUGAUGAAAUGAAAAUUGAAUUACAAAAUCUAAAGUUAUCAAGGGUAAAAUUAAAUCUGGAGAAAUUCACAACUGAAAAUGAAGUAUUACUGUUAGAACCAGUUAGUUUUACACUACUUAUGAAACGUAAUUUAUCGAGUUGGUUCACUUCUAUCCCUGAUAUCGAUAUGUCUGGUAGAUUAAAUAAAAUUAAUAUACUAAUAAGCAAGGAAGAUUAUGCGACUGCACUGAAAGUAUUAGAACAAAAUUUAGGUGAAACAGUUGAAGAUUCAACAUUUCCACAAACUGUUCAGCAGGCCGAGAAGAAACUUGAGGUUGAAGUUGUACAGCAUCAUCAAGCUGCAGACAGAUGUAGGAAAACUACCAUCGAAGAGUCAGAGGAUAUGGAUUUACAGGAACAAGCACACGUACAUACAUCCAUUAAAUUUGAAUUUGUAAUGGACAGUCUUGUAAUUAAUCUAUUUACAGGAGGUUCGAAAACGCUGCAAUCUCAGCAUUCUCCAAUUCAUCUACCAGAGAAUGGAUUAGCCAAAUUUUGUCUGACUCAUUUUGCCUUAAAAGGUAGAAUAUUUGCUGAUGGAUUAAUGGCAACUUCAAUUCUCCUUAUGAAUUGUACUUUGGAUGAUACCCGUCAAAGUAGACAGGGUUCUCUUACACGAAUUAUGGAAAGAACUAUACUGGCACCUUCCAUGGACGAAAUAGAAAAAGAAUCGAAGUCUGUUCGUAGUAUGUUGGACAUGACUGUUAGACAAAGCUCAAACGACACAUUUGUUGAUAUAAGAGUUUUCUCCUUCAGUAUAAUCGUAUCACUUGAUUAUUUAAUGAAAGUAAAGGAUUUCUUCACAAUUGAAGAAACACCGGCACCAAAUAAAGCGAUAUCUCAAAAUACAUCAAAGAGUCACAAUGAAUCAAUGAUUAAAAAAAAGCAAUCUACUGCAACGCCGAUUAAAAAGAUGUUAACGAUUAAUGUGCAUAUUGAGAAACCAGAUAUUAUUUUGUUGGAGGAUAUGGAUGACAUAAAUUCAAAUUGCAUUAUACUAAAUACCGAGCUGCUGUUAAAAGUGCGUUUAAUGGAUGAACAUCAAGUGAUAACAGGAUCUAUAAAAGAUCUAUCAAUUUUAGCUGGUAUAUACAAUCCAGGAAAGAGGAGUGAUUGGAUAUAUCAGGUACUAAGGCCAUGCAGUAUUAGUGUAGCAGGCUCUACACCAGAAGGAAAAGGCCUUUAUAUAGAUAUUUGUUGUACUGAUAUUCAUGUGUCAGUUUCACCAGGUGUUAUUGAAAUACUGAAUAAAGUCGUUCAUACUGCCACAAAAACAGAAGAAAAAGAUGACGAAGUUGUCGUUCAUGAACAAAAUUACGACGGGCUGUGGAUUAUAUCACCAUUUGAAGAAAGUGACUUUUGGUUCCUAAAGACAGAAGUAGGAUUAGAAGCUAUAGAAGACUUUGUAUACCCUGAUGACGAUGAUGCAACUUACAAGCCGGAAUUAGCAAUCAUUUCUGCACCAACCAUAUUAUUCACGUUGGAAGCAGGUGUUGGUAAUAAAACCUUACCUAUGCUUUUGCUUCAUAUUGGGUUUCAGAGUAACAUCAACGAUUGGAGUACGAAAUCUAUGAGUAUAGAAUCUACGAUGUCGUUGGUAAUGGCAUAUUACAAUAGUUGUCUAGCAUUAUGGGAACUGUUAAUUGAACCAAUAGAAGGAAUUAAAAAAGGAAAACGAGUAUCAACACCUUGGGAACUAAAAACUAAAAUUCAGUUUAAUGACAUAUCAAUGGACUCUAGAGGUAUGAGUGUAAUGAGCCCUGCUUCAGAAAGUGAACUAGAAGAAUUUCACCAAACUUCGAAGAUGUCUAUUGAUGUAGAAUCUACUGAAAACUUGGAAAUGACUGUAACAAAAACUUGUCUGGACGUAUUAAAGCAACUUGGUAAUGCAUUUUCAUCUGCUAUGGAACCGGGUGGAGAAGGAAGCGCGAAAAAUGCAGCACCUUAUGUUCUUAAGAACGAAACUGGCUUAGCGAUGGUUUUAGACUUGGAACGCAGUCAGUUUAAAGUUUUUAAUCAUGGAUCAAAACUUAUCAGCAGCAAUACAGAUUCAUACAUGGAAGUAAUUCUAGAAUCAGGUGCAACAGUAGAACUUGCUCCGAAAACAACGAAAGUUCAAAUACCUUUACUAGACCAAUUAAAAAACGAAACGGUUAAAGAAAGAGAGGAUGAUAAGUUUGUUAUUUCGUUUAAAGAAAUUCAAUGUACAUUGGCCAUUCCCGUUUUAAGAGCUGAUAAAAGAUUUUUCUCAUUAAAAUACCGAAAAGAAAGUUCUGAGGAGUGGGGUAUUGUUUCUGAUGUUGUAGUCGACGAAGGAAGUACCAUUGUUACCUUAAGAAGUAUUCUUCAGGUACAUAAUCAUUUUAGUGAACCAAUAUCUGUGUAUUACAUGACUAAACGUGGAAAUGAAGUUGAAUGUGUAGGCACUGUUGCCCCAGAUAGUAAAUUGAAUCUUCCAUUAGAUACUGUGUAUACUUCAACAAGUAUUUAUUGGUUGUUCUUCAGCGUUAACGGGUACAUGGUUUCAGAAGAACCAUUUGUUUGGAAAGAUUUGCAAAAGACAGUUUCUAUGUCAAAACUUUUAAAAUGUGAAAGUCGAACUAAACAAGAUGUUACAGAACCAUUUUACAUUAAGAUGUUUUUCAUGAUGAUUAUGGUUGGUAGUAUUUUAUAUAAUAACAACACUAUUGGCUUAUUAUUGAAUGUUAUUAACUGGCGAUCCAUAUUCUGUCGUUUCGUUGAUUACGUCAAGCAUUUAUGCUCGAAAACUUUACCCUCAGAACACCCAAAAUAUCUGGAAGCACCUAUUCAGGUCGUUGGUGAAAUAGAACAAGUUUAUUAUGAAAAUACUAGCCGACGCACGAUGGCAAGUACUAUUUACAAUGUUCACUUAUAUCCCUCCGUGUAUCUGAAGAAUUUUCUGCCCAUCGACAUUAUUAUUUGUUUGCCUGGUGCCGUUCAAGAAAAGCUUUUAGAAGCAGGCACAACUUAUCAGAUCCCUACAAUUGAUCCAGGAAAAUCUUACAUAAUUAUAAAGCUACCAAAUUAUUUAGAAAAAGAUUGGUCAUGUAGAGGAGAAAUAGUAGCCAAUCCACCAGAAUUUUCUGUCUGGUCUUUUGAAUCUUUUGAUAGUGCCCAAAAGGUUGUAAUGGAUUUAGGAAUGCAUACAUCUUAUCAACAUGCUUCUAUUGUUAUGGCACUAUAUUGUCCAUUUUGGAUGCUGAAUAAGACAGGUUUAAUGUUGUCUUAUCGGAAAUCAAGUAAGGGUGGCAAAGAACACUCAAGUCCAAUGAAGAAUUUGGUUUGUGGCAUGAAACCCCAUCAACCACGUUCAGAAUACAAGAGGAAGAAAGCACGUUCGGUGAUGCAUUGUUUUCAUUUUAUAUUGAGUGGAGAGGAUCAUUUAAAUGUAUUGUAUCAUCCGGAGAACUUCAAGGGACCAAUAUUGUUCUCAUUUCGUUCUAAAGUAUUUUUUGGUAAAAAGAAGGCCAUGAUUAGAGUGGAAGAUGGUGAAUGGUCUGAAAAGUUUUCGAUAGACGUUGCAGGCAGUGAGGGAGUAGUUGUUUGCAAAACUAAUGGUCUAUUAUACCAGAUUGGUGUUCAUAAUCAAUUGACAUAUAAUUCCUUAACAAAACAGAUUACAUUUACACCAUAUUAUGUACUCAUCAAUAACUCCAGUUUGCUUAUUGAGUGUCAAGAAGCUGACAGACCAGCUGAUCCUAUGAUUAAAAUUCCUCCUGGAGAAUGCACCGCUCUUUGGCCUCGUUCUGAACAUGAGAAUAAAACCUUAAAAGCUAGGAUUGCAGGUGAACCCGAGAAAACAGCCCCCUUUCUUUAUACAGAUAGUCAUACAACUUUAUUGAAAUUAAAUAAUAAGCAUGGAGGAAUUAAUGUAGACAUUCAAAUAAGCGAAGGUGGAAUUUAUAUUUCUUUAUCCGUUUAUACCUACGGAAAUGCUCCUGCUUUAAUCAUUAACCAUACUCCUCAUACAAUUAAUUUUUGGGAGAAAGGUUCUUUGAAUGUUAGAUCCGUACAGUCAUAUAACAAAAUGUUCUAUACCUGGGAAAAUCCGGCAGGACCACGAAAAUUAGUUUGGGAAGAUGCGAAUAAAAAAGAAAUUGAAGAUACACUUCGAAAGGAUAAUUUAGGACCUUUUAAAUUACCAGACGUAGAAGAAGAAGUAUUUUAUGUAUCAUUUUUAGAUGGUACGCAACGAAUACUUCUCUUCACAACAAAUUUGAAAAUAGCAGAAGAUUGCCAAUUAGCAGGUGAUCUGGAAACUAUUGAGCAAGACAUAACAAUAAGUAUUCAUGGAGUUGGUCUUUCACUUGUUAACAACGUAACAAGAUCUGAAUUAUUAUAUAUGUGUAUAGCUAGCUCUGGAAUUAUAUGGGAAGCACAAAAAUCUUGUAAGCACCUUUGGCGUGGUCUUAGUGCAAGAGAAGUAAAUCUUAUAGAGGAAGGCUAUCAAAAAUAUGUACUCGAAUUACAGAUUGGAAAAGAUCCAACGCAAAAAAUGAUGCUUGAGCCAAAAUUAGAGAUUGAUUAUUUCAAUAUGGAAAUGACGAAACCAUAUCGUCGAAGUUUACGACGUACUUUCCAAACUGGUUUAUGGUUGCAAUAUCGAACAUCAGCACAUCAAGUGCAAUUACAUGCAAAAAUUAAUCGGUUACAAAUUGAUAAUCAACUUUCAGAAUGUAUUUUUCCAGUUAUAUUAGCUCCGGUUCCGCUUCCCAAAAGUGUCACACAAAGUACUGUUAUGAAACCAUUUGCUGAACUUAGUAUGGUCAAACGAUUAUUGGAACACAGCAAUGUGCAGCAGUUUAGAUAUUUUAAGGUUCUUAUCCAAGAAUUUCACGUAAAAGUAGACAUUAUGUUUAUUAAUGCGAUAAUGGGAUUAUUGGAAGCGAAUGAUAUGAACGAUGCGGAGGAAACUAGAUUAUUUAAAUUGGACACGAAAUUGGUCGAUGAGCCUUUAAUGUACCACGUCAGUUUAAUUACCACUGCCGAACAGAAGAAUUUCUUCGAUUUACUUCACUUUUCGCCUUUAAAGAUACACAUAAGUUUUUCAAUGACUGGCAGCAGUAGCGGGCCUUCUGCAGUUCCUCAAGUAUUAAAUGUAUUACUACAAGGAAUAGGUGUUACAUUAACUGAUAUUAAUGAUAUUGUUUUCAAAUUAGCGUAUUUUGAAAGGGAAUACGUUUUCAUGACUCACAAACAACUCAUUUCUGAAGCUACAACCCAUUACGUAGGGCAAGCAAUUAAACAGGCAUACGUUCUUGUUUUGGGGCUAGAUGUAAUUGGCAAUCCUUAUGGGCUUGUCGUAGGCACUAUGAAAGGUAUCGAAGAUUUAUUUUAUGAACCUUUCCAAGGUGCUAUACAGGGACCUGGGGAAUUUGCGGAAGGUCUGUUUCUCGGUGUAAGGAGUAUGUUAGGACACACCGUAGGAGGAAUGGCUGGAGCAGUUUCCAAGAUAACUGGAGCUAUGGGUAAAGGUCUAGCUGCCUUAACUUUUGAUAAAGAUUACCAAAGAAAACGACAGGAACAACUUAACAAACAACCUGCCAACUUACAAGAGGGUCUUGCUCGUAGCGGUAAAGGUUUAGUAAUGGGCAUAUAUGAUGGCGUAACUGGUGUUGUAAUGAAACCUAUAUCAGGUGCUAAGGAAGAAGGAGUAGAAGGAUUUUUCAAAGGAUUUGGAAAGGGUGUUGUUGGUUUCGUUACUAGACCAACUGCAGGUGUUAUAGAUUUUGCCAGUGGUUCAUUCGGUGCAGUGAAACGUGCAACUGAAUUACACGAAGAAGUGAAGAAAGUAAGACCGCCUAGAUUUUUACAACCAGAUAAUUUAGUUAGACCAUAUGUACGGGAAGAAGCUGAGGGAAAUAAAAUCUUAAGUGAAUUGGAAAAAGGAAAAUAUGCCAACACUGAUAUUUAUUUUUAUCAUGUUUACGUUAACAAAGAUGUAUUAUUGCUUACCGACAAAAGAAUAGCAUAUGUAGAGCAUAGUGACUUGUUUGGUGGAUGGAAGGUGGACUGGGCUUAUACAUGGCAAGAAAUGAGUGAAUCGCCGAAGAUUGUCGAUAAAGGAGUUCAAAUAUUUAUUAAGGAUGGUACUAAAAAGAAAAGAUUAGGAAACAUAUUCGGUAGUGCAGAUCAAUCAAAAGUAGUUCUCAUAAAUGAUUAUAACACGAGACAGCUUUUAUGCAGUAAGAUGCAAGAGCAAAUUUAUCAGUGUGGAUUAUAGAUAUACACAGUAUAUAAUAUAAUAUUUCAAAUAGUUUAUUAAACUAAUAGUGCCUAGCAUUUUAAACUUAUAUUAAGCUUUGCAAGCUGAAUUUCAUUACAGAAACUGUAUACAAUUAUUAUUUACAAGACUAAUGUUCGAUCAGAAUCAACCAAAAUUAUAGAAGGUUCAGUAUGUAAUUUUAUAUUUAUUAUGAUCUGAUUUGGACGUUGGAGUUAUUAUAUCUUUUACAUUUUGUUAUUAUUUUUAUCGUACAAUAUUUUACUUUUAAUUUGUUAGAAUAUUGUGAUUAUUUUCAGGUUCAUUAUUAAUACAUUACAAUGACAAUCUUAGUUUCAUAAAUACAAAAUAAGAUAGUAUAAUAUUUGAGCAUCCAACAAAAAUUUAACAACUUUUGAAAGUCUGCUGUUGCUAUAUAGUGAGAUCAUAUUUUUAUACUAUUUGUUAAUAAGUUAAGGAUUAAUUUGAUAUACAGGAUGUUCGCUUACAAGUGAGCAUCCUUUGGAGGGUGGUAGUUGAGGUGAUUCUGAACAACUUUUUCCUUCACCAAAAUGUUCGUUAAGACUUAGUUUUUAUUAAUAAUUCAAAGCCUUAACGAGCAUUUUGGUAAAGGAAAAAAUUGUUCACAAUCACCAUAGCUACCACCCCCUCAAAGGAUGCCCACCUGUAGCCAAGCACCCUGUAUAUGUGAAUAUGCAAACUAACUUAAACGCACAUUCUAUGUUCAAGUAAUCUUUUGUAUUUACCUGUAUAAUUGUUAUUAUUGUACACAUAUAUACAGAAUGUUUCUAUAUUUUUUUUAUGUAGAAUUGUUUAUUACAACAGAAUAUUUAUAUGAAACACACAUCACUCUUCAAUUUUUUGUACAGUUCUUUCACUCAGUAUUUUAUAUGAAACAAUUACGUUUCGACAUCUCUAAUACUUUAAUUUCAAAUUAAAAUUAACACGACAUUACCAAAUCUUAAGAAGAAUUUGCUAAUAGUACAUAGCUUUCGUUAAAAACAAUUAUACAGUUAAACGUAUGAUUGAUGUAGUGGAAAAUGAAAAAGUUCAAAGAUAUUUGCUACAUCUUCCAUAAAAUUAAAAAUAUCUUUGAAGCAAUCUGUUUAAGAUAUAUUAUCGUUACGUUAUCGUUAAUGAAAGAUAUAAGCAUAUUGUUAUAUAUUUACUUGUAUAAAUAAUGUAUAUUAUAAUGAAAGAAUUAAAACGAUUUUCGCUUUCUA